AUGCUGUUUUUACACGUAUUUAUAGGCAAAAUCAAUUCCACUGAAAGUUCUGAACCCGAACCAGGCCUUGUUGAGGGUCAAUACGAAGUUAUCGAAUGUUCACAUCCAUCAGUAGAGGGAACGCAAACGAAUAGAGCGUGUUACAAACGAACUGAUAGGCAACAGAACGAAUUUGAACUCUCCUUUUCAGAUGAUGAGUUUUCUGGAUGUGAGCAUAGUAUCGCUGAGUUACUUGAACACAUACCGAGCGGCUGGUCAGAACUCUUCCUUGCAAAUCUCGUUCUAUCUAUCUUCUGCAUCUUUAUACUUUAUUUCCUUGCUAAAAGGAUAAUAAGCGACAUCUGCGAGGCAGUAAGAAGUAGAAUAUCAACCUCAGACAGUGAAGCGGACAAAGCACCAAAAUAA